GAACUGCUCUCAUUUUGUGCUUUCCUGCUUUGUGUUAUAUAGCUUGGCUGACCUUGAUGAGUUCAUAAAAACUGCCCAUAAAGGUUUGAGCAAAAAGGUUGAAAAAGGCGAUUAUGAUGGCUUGGUGGAGAUAAUGGGUCAUCUCCUGGCCGUUAAAGAAAGGCACAAUGUCACCGAUGCCAUGUUUGAGCCCCUGAAGCAAACCAUCGAACUGCUGAAGACAUAUGAGCAACAACUGCCAGAGGAAGUCUAUAAGUACCUGGAGGAACUGCCAGAAAAAUGGAACACUAUAAAGAAGCUGGCAAUAGCUGUGAAACAGCAUGUGGCUCCUCUGCAGGCAAACGAAAUGACAGUUCUGCGCAAGAGCUGUGCGGCAUUUGAUGUUGAGCAGCACAGAUUCAGAGAGCGAUUUCGGAAAGAAGCACCAUUCAGAUAUGACACUGAAAAACCUUAUCAACUGCUGGAUGCAAAGCACAUUGAGAUUAAACAAAUGGAGUCAGCCAUGACCUCGAUUUAUGAAUCAGCCGGUCUGUUUGAAGUCAUGGUGCCAGAUUAUAAACAACUGAAGCAAUGCAGAAAGGAGCUAUGUCUUCUCAAAGAGCUCUGGGAUAUGAUCUCCCUUGUGAACACAAGCCUUGAUGACUGGCAAAUGACUGCAUGGGUGGAUAUUAAUGUGGAAAACAUGGAUCUGGAGUGUAAAAAGUUUGCAAGAGAGAUUCGGAAUUUGGAUAAGGAAAUGAGGGCAUGGGAUGCUUUCACUGGGAUGGACAGCAAGGUGAAGAACAUGCUGACAGCCCUGAAAGCUGUGGCAAAACUUCAGAAUCCCGCCAUUAGAGAAAGACACUGGAAUCAACUGAUGCAGAUGACGGGUGUGAAGUUUGUGAUGGACUCAGACACCACACUGGCUGACCUCCUGAAACUCAAUCUGCAUAACUUUGAGGAUGAAGUUCAUGGCAUUGUGGACAAAGCAGUGCGAGAAAUGAGUAUGGAGAAAGUCCUGAAGGAGCUAAAAAUGACUUGGAGCACCAUGGAGUUUCAGUAUGAGCCUCAUCCCCGGACGAACAUCCCAUUGCUGAAGUCAGAUGAGGAACUCAUUGAAACUUUAGAAGACAACCAGGUGCAGCUGCAGAAUUUAAUGACAUCCAAAUAUAUUGCUUUCUUCUUGGAAGAAGUGUCCGCAUGGCAGAGGAAGCUGUCCACCGCAGACUCUGUCAUUUCUCUCUGGUUCGAAGUGCAGCAUACAUGGUCUCACUUGGAGAGCAUAUUCAUAGGCUCAGAAGAUAUACGGGUACAGCUUCCCGAGGACUCUGAACGCUUUGAAGGGAUCGACAUGGAUUUUAAAGAACUGGCCUAUGAAGCUCAGAAAACCCCAAAUGUGGUUGAGGCCACCAAUAAACCACAUCUGUCCCAGCAACUGGAGGACAUUCAGAGUAGGUUGUGUCUGUGUGAGAAGGCUUUGGCUGAAUAUUUGGACAUGAAGAGGUUGGCCUUUCCCAGAUUUUACUUCAUUUCUUCUGCAGAUUUAUUGGAUAUUCUUUCCAAUGGCACCAACCCACAGCUGGUGCAACGUCAUCUUUCCAAACUCUUUGACAACUUGGCCAAGAUGAAAUUCCAGCUGGACUCUGAGCAAAAGACAACCAAGUUUGGCCUGGGAAUGUACAGUAGAGAGGAGGAAUACGUCAGCUUCAGUGAACCCUGUGACUGCAGCGGACAGGUUGAGGUAUGGCUGAAUCAUGUAUUAGACAGCAUGAGGGCUACCGUGAGAGACGAGAUGACGGAAGCCGUCAUGGCUUACGAGGAGAAGCUGAGGGAACAGUGGCUCUUUGACUACCCUGCCCAGGUGGCUCUUUCCUGCAUCCAGAUCUGGUGGACAACCGAGGUUGAGAUUGCCUUUGCCAGGGUGGAGGAAGGCUACGAGAAUGCGAUGAAGGAAUAUCACAAGAAGCAAGUGACCCAGCUGAACACCCUCGUUGCCAUGCUGAUUGGGCAUCUCUCCAAGGGUGACAGGCAGAAAAUCAUGACCAUAUGCACCAUCGAUGUGCACGCUCGGGACGUGGUGGCAAAGAUGAUAGCACAGAAGGUAGACAAUGCCCAGGCAUUCAUUUGGCUGUCACAGCUCCGGCACAGAUGGUCGGAUGAGGAACGGCACUGCUUUGCCAACAUCUGUGACGCCCAGUUCCUGUACUCCUACGAAUACCUUGGCAAUACCCCUCGGCUUGUGAUCACUCCACUGACUGACAGAUGUUACAUCACCCUGACCCAGUCGCUGCACCUGACCAUGAGCGGAGCACCUGCAGGCCCUGCAGGCACUGGCAAGACAGAGACUACGAAAGAUUUGGGUCGAGCCCUGGGCAUCAUGGUGUAUGUGUUUAACUGCUCGGAGCAGAUGGACUACAAGUCUUGUGGGAAUAUUUACAAAGGCCUUUCUCAGACGGGAGCCUGGGGCUGUUUUGAUGAAUUUAACAGGAUCUCAGUUGAGGUCCUUUCUGUGGUUGCUGUACAGGUGAAGAGUGUGCAGGAUGCAAUACGGGAGAAGAAGAAAUCCUUCAAUUUUCUUGGAGAAGACGUUAACUUAGUUUCCUCAGUAGGCAUUUUCAUCACCAUGAACCCUGGUUAUGCAGGGAGAACUGAGCUACCUGAGAAUUUAAAAGCUCUCUUCAGGCCGUGCGCAAUGGUUGUGCCAGACUUUGAGCUGAUCUGUGAAAUUAUGUUGGUGGCUGAGGGAUUCAUUGAUGCCCGGGCAUUAGCCAGGAAGUUCAUUACUCUGUACCAACGCUGCAAAGAGCUCCUGUCCAAGCAGGAUCACUACGACUGGGGCUUGCGUGCAAUCAAGUCAGUGCUAGUUGUCGCUGGCUCCCUCAAACGAGAUGACCCAGGGCGACCCGAAGACCAGGUUCUGAUGCGCUCACUUCGUGACUUUAACAUCCCCAAGAUUGUGACCGAUGAUGUGCCGGUGUUUAUGGGGCUGAUUGGGGAUCUUUUCCCUGCGCUGGAUGUGCCUCGGAAGCGUGACCUGAAUUUUGAGUCAUUUGUGAGGCAGGCUGUGCUGGACCUCCGGCUGCAGGCUGAGGACAACUUUGUGCUCAAAGUGGUGCAGCUGGAGGAGCUGCUGACAGUUCGGCACUCUGUCUUCGUGGUGGGUAAUGCAGGCACGGGCAAGUCUCAGGUGAUGAGAUCCCUGAACAAGACUUACCAGAUAAUGAAGCAACGUCCUGUCUGGACAGACCUCAACCCCAAGGCAGUCACCAACGAUGAGCUUUUUGGCAUCAUUAACCCAGCAACAAGAGAAUGGAAAGAUGGACUGUUUUCGUCAAUCAUGCGAGAGCUGGCCAACAUCACACAUGAUGGUCCCAAAUGGAUGGUACUAGAUGGAGAUAUUGAUCCGAUGUGGAUUGAAUCUCUUAAUACUGUGAUGGAUGAUAAUAAGGUGCUGACCCUGGCCAGCAAUGAGAGAAUCCCUCUGAACCCAACGAUGCGGCUGGUCUUUGAGAUCAGCCACCUGCGCACAGCCACCCCAGCGACUGUGUCUAGAGCAGGGAUCCUGUACAUCAACCCAUCGGAUCUGGGCUGGAAUCCCCCUGUGAGUAGCUGGAUUGACAGGCGAGUGAUCCAGUCUGAAAGAGCCAACCUGACCAUUUUGUUUGAUAAGUACCUGCCGAUUUGCCUGGACACCCUCAGAACAAGGUUUAAGAAGAUUAUUCCCAUUCCUGAGCAGAGUAUGGUUCAGAUGUUGUGCUACCUCCUUGAAUGCCUCCUGACGGAGGAGAACACACCUCCCGAUUGUCCCAAGGAGCUUUAUGAACUUUACUUUGUCUUUGCUGCUGUCUGGGCCUUUGGUGGAUCAAUGUUUCAAGACCAGCUUGUGGACUAUAGAGUGAAGUUCAGCAAGUGGUGGGUGGCAGAAUUUAAGACUAUCAAGUUUCCCUCUCAGGGCACAGUCUUUGACUUUUACAUCGAUCCGGAAACAAAGAAGUUUGAGCCUUGGUCUAAACUUAUUCCCCAGUUUGAAUUUGAUCCAGAAAUGCCAUUACAGGCUUGCCUGGUGCCCACCACCGAGACAGUCCGUGUGCGGUACUUCAUGGACAGGCUCCUGGAGCGCCAGCGCCCGGUGAUGCUGGUGGGCAAUGCCGGCAUGGGGAAGUCUGUGCUGGUGGGGGACAAGCUCUCCUCACUGGACACGGAUGCAUAUGUGGUGAAGAGGGUCCCAUUUAACUACUACACCACCUCUGCCAUGCUGCAAGGUGUGCUUGAGAAGCCUCUGGAUAAAAAGGCUGGCAGAAAUUAUGGCCCUCCAGGUACCAAGAAGGUUAUCUACUUCAUUGAUGAUCUGAACAUGCCUGAAGUGGAUGCUUAUGGCACGGUGCAGCCCCAUACACUGAUCAGGCAGCACCUGGACUACGGCCACUGGUAUGACAGGACCAAGCUGUCGCUGAAGGAGAUCACGAAUGUGCAGUACGUGUCGUGCAUGAACCCAACUGUGGGGAGUUUCACCAUUAACCCGCGUCUGCAGCGUCACUUCUGUGUCUUUGCUCUCUCCAUCCCUGGUCAGGAUGCCUUGUCCAGGAUCUACAGCACCAUUUUAAUGCAGCACCUGAUGAGUGGAAAUUUCUCAGGGGCUGUGCAAAAAUCAGCUCAGCAGCUGAUUGCCUUGGCCCUGGGACUGCAUCAGAAAGUAGCUGCCACUUUUCUGCCAACGGCUAUCAAAUUCCACUACGUUUUCAACCUGAGAGACUUCUCCAAUAUCUUCCAAGGCCUUCUAUUCUCUACCCCUGAUUGUCUGAAGCAACCCCAGGACCUAGUGAAGCUCUACCUGCAUGAGUCAAACCGGGUGUACCGGGAUAAGAUGGUUGAAGAAAGGGAUUAUGGUACCUUUGACAAAAUCCAGCUGGAGAUGGUGAAGAAAUUCUAUGACGACAUUGAAGAAACUUUAGAGCAGACCAAGCAAAUGAAUGUUUAUUGCCAUUUUGCUAAAGGCAUCAGUGAACCCAGCUAUAGGCCAGUUCCAACCUGGGAGGAGUUGAACCAGGUCCUUAUGGAAGCCUUGGACAACUACAAUGAAGUCAAUGCUGCCAUGAACCUGGUACUAUUUGAGGAUGCCAUGUGCCAUGUUUGCCGCAUCAACCGUAUCCUGGAGUCCCCCCGAGGAAAUGCUCUCCUGGUUGGCGUGGGUGGAAGCGGCAAGCAGAGCCUGACCAGACUGGCAGCCUUCAUUAGCUCUCUGGAGGUUUUCCAGAUCACUUUGAGGAAAGGGUAUGGGAUCUCUGACCUGAAGGCAGACCUGGCAAACCAGUACCUGAAAGCUGGUGUGAAGAACAUAGGCACUGUGUUCCUGAUGACUGACGCACAAGUGGCGGACGAACAGUUCUUGGUGCUGAUGAAUGACUUCUUAGCAUCAG